AUGAUUUCAUCAUCUGAUUCUUCUGAUGAUAGCCUUGAAGAUUUCGACGAUAAUGAGGAUGAAAAUUCAUUAUUUUCAGAUAAUUUUACUGCUAUAAAUAGACGAAGAGACAUACUAUGGAAGGAAAAAAAUAUAAACAUCCCUAAAAAUUAUUUAAAAUUCAAUGGAAAGUCAACUUUGGCCAGCCACAUACUGGCUUUAAAUUCUCCAUAUCAAUGUUUAUCAUAUUUUUUAAAUGAUAAUUUCCUAGAUUUAGUGGUUCUCGAAUCAACUAAAUACGCUGCAAUAAAAAAUAUAAAUAAACCUAUAAAAAUUUCCAAAAUGGAGUUAAGAAAAUUUAUUGGGAUUAAUAUUCUGAUGUCCAUUGUCCAAUUACCAUCUAUCAGAGACUAUUGGAAAGAUGUAAUUGGCAAUGAUCUUAUAAAAAAGACCAUGACAAUCACUAAAUUUGAAAGCAUUCGAUCCAUUCUUCAUUUUAAUGACAAUAAUAAUUCUAUAGCUAAAGGUCAACCAGGCUAUAAUAGGCUUAUAAAAGUAGCCUCAAUUGUGAAACACUUUCAAGAUAGGUUUCGUACAAUUCCUAAAGAGGAAUGCUUAUCAAUCGAUGAGCAAAUUUGCUCAACUAAAGCUCGGAUACAUUUAAAACAAUAUAUGCCAAUGAAGCCUCACAAAUGGGGCUUUAAAUUCUUCAUUCUAUGCGGUGUAUCAGGAUUUGCCUAUGAUUUUGAACUAUAUUCUGGGCAGGAAAAUGAUUCUGAAAAGAGACCAGCGACAGAACCAGAUUUAGGAGCGUCCAGCAAUAUUGUUGUGCGUCUAAGCCGUACUAUACCUAUAAAUCAAAAUUUUAAGCUAUAUUUUGACAAUUACUACACCUCAAUUAACCUUUUGAUAUAUUUGGCAAAAAAAGGUAUAAGAAAUCUAUUAUAUAUUUAA